AUGUCCAGUCCCGACGGUAAGCUCGAAAAUGCCGCACCCGCUGCAUCGCUGAGCUCUGAUACUCUGUCGGCCCUGUCGUCGUUGAACCAACAAGAAGAACAACUUCAGCAGCAGCAGGAGCAGCCGAACCCAGAGCCAGAGCCAGAAUCAGUGUUGGCGCAGCAGCAAAACAACCCUCUUCCUUUACCACCUCCUCAACCCUCCUCUACUACUACUACUACCCCCUCGGCGGACGAUACUAUCUCCCCUGUCACUGCUACUCCUGCUCCUGCUUCUGAGGACGUGAACGUGGACGUCGAUGUGGAUGUACAUGUGGAUGCCGCGACUGGCACCACGAAUGAUGUUAUUGACUCUUCUUUGGUGACUGGUCAUUCUGUUGAGGACUCUGUACAUGUACCUGUAUCUCUCCCUGCACGCCCGGCGCAUGUCUCGCCGUCGGACGUGCCAGGUACCCCAGAAUCCAAUCAUGCAUCUUCUACCACACCUACCGUCCCGUCUGCCGCAGAUCAGGGCAGUAAUAAAAAGUCUCGUCCUUCCAUGUCAAGUCUGAGAUCCAGUGGCCCGUCAUUGUUGACACAAGCUCUUGCAACUGCUAGAGGCAUAAUUCCAGCUUCCGCUUCUGCACAGCAUCUCGACCCUCGGCGACCAGAGCAGAAGUCGUCGCAUUCUUUCGGAGGCACUCCCUCCAACGCCCUGGGCAAGCCACAUGGUAGCCCAUCCGACCCCAUCGAUAGAGAACCUCACGAUGACAUCGCCAUACGAGGCGAUGGCGCACCCUUGAUAACUCGAGUACGUUCGCACGACCAGGCAGUAUCCGGCUCGAGCAAAACGAUUUCUCUUCCGACAUCCCCGCCCACCCCAGCCAACAUUUGCAUUGCCGCACCCAGUCCCGAUAUGCCCGGCCGCACGAGCGAAAGGUUCGUGCCCAGUGAUCACCGAGAUGUGUUCAUGGGUGCGAAGGAUAGACCCAGAUCGUUGGAGCGUACCGAAAAGGAGAUCAGAACCCAUCAGCUCAAUGUUAAUGGCACGAGCUCGGCCACCGUCGACAACACUCCUCUGUCGUCUGCCAUAACAACACCAGAGCAGGCCCAGCUCGCUGCCGACCAGGAAAGUUCUGAUGCCCGUCAACAAUAUAGAACAUGGAGGGCAGAGAGAACUGUAUCUGUCGGUCCUGAAAAGGCCUGGUCCAUUGGCAAAGGAGACAUGGCUGGAGCCGAGCCUGGCCAAGUCGAAAAGUCAAUCGCCGAAGCAAUUGCUGGCGUGGAGCCAACGCGCAGUCGUAAAGCUAGCCACAGUCUUCGAUUCUUCAAGGAGGGCCUGCCAGACGAAAAGGGCAAGCGCAAGGACACGAAACGGAAAGAUGAUUUGGGCACUCACCAGGAACAGGAUGAGGCUGCUCGUGCCCAACACCCCGCCGUCCCCUCGCCCAUAUACGUUCAAGAUUUGAUCGGACUUCCGCCCGAUGCCAUCUUCCCGUCCGCCGGCUCGGCCGUGGAAUCCCCUGUCGAUGAAGAACCUGCUUCGGACUACUUUGGCAUAAAGCCACAUCCGGUGGGCCAUGAUCACCAUCCGCAAUUAUCGCCUGGCCUUGAGCAGCGUAAAGCGAUGCCGAGUUACCACGAGCCGGCCUCUGAUACUGCUCCAGUGAUUGUAAAUGGGGUUCGGCACGAGUCUGAGAGUGUGGAAAACGUCGCAGACGCCCCAGAGGAGGGCGAAGAUUCUGGCGAAGAGAAGAUUUCGUCUGCCUUCUUCGUGCCUCAUCAAGAGGCUCCAGAAGUCAUAAAGCCUGAACAUCAUGUUGGCCGGCCUGGACCAAUACAUCGACAGUCAAUUGUCAAGGAUGCUAGCCCUUGGCUUGUCAAGGCGGACGAGCCAGAAGUCGAAGACGGACAUUUGAGCCAAGAUGGUGGGCAGGCCAGCAAGUCUGACCAUGGCGUCGUAAGUCAAGUUGGUGACGACUUUGCAGUCCAAGACGAUCUUGCUCUUGAGAAAUCCCACACUGUGCCAGCCAGUCUUUCACUCCCAGUGCCUCAAUACUAUGACGACGUGCAUGAUCAUCAGUUUGCGCCCAAAAGACCCCUCGAGGCUAUUGAACUCAUUCCUUAUAAGCACCAAGUUGGUGGCCACACAACCCUGUGGAGGUUCUCCAAGCGUGCCGUCUGCAAAGAAUUGAACAACAGUGAAAAUAAGUUCUACGAAAAUAUUGAGCGCUACCAUCGCGACCUCCUGCCAUUUCUACCCAGAUACAUUGGCGUGCUUAAUGUUACGUUCCAAAAGAAACCGCGACGUCGAUCUAUCAUCAAGAAGGAUGAACCAGAGUACAUGAUUGUGGCCCAGGAUGCUCAUGCGCCUAGAAAUGAUGAGAACUUACGCUUGGAGGUGUUGGAGCAACCAAAUGAAGCACGAAAUGAAAGCAAAGAACACCGCCGGAUCAUAAGUCAGUCGUUGCAAUCAUCGCAAACGCACAUUCCGACCGUGACCUUUGUGGACAACCAGCACAUCCUUCCGAGAAGCCUGCUCGAGCCGUCAGGUGACAUUCCUCAGCGUGGUAGAAGCGCGUCUGAGGCCGUGUUGCAUGACAUGGUUGAAGUGGAUAAGGAACAGAGCGCACUCAUCAGACGACCCAAUUUGGAGACUCGCCAUGCUAACAGCUGGGGAGCUACAACGGUCAAUAAACGCUUACGAAAUGAGGUUUUCAACGAUGCUUUUCUGAAGCGACCGAUUCCGGUGCAAAAACAUCAGAAACCAGCAUCUCACUCGAGAGUGAUUCCCCGCCGUGCCGUUCAGGGACAGGCUGCUCGGCCUAGCACUGCCGAUGCCGAUCUCAUGUCCUCCCGAGCCAUGUCAAGUGCAACUACGGGAGGUCCCCAUGGACCCAGCCCCCUUCGAAUGAUGCCGGGCCUGACGCAGAUACAGAGCGACCUUGCCAAUGACGAGAGUAGCCUCAAAGUUGAAGCAGCGGAUCAGGUCAAAGAUGUCACAGGUACUAGUGCUCCUGAGCCUGACACGUUGGACGAGCGCUUCCCUCAGCAACAAAGGCGAAAACGUAGGUAUUCUGGGACCAAUCUGAGGAGGAAGCCUGAGGAUGUCGAUGGAUCUCGUGGCGAUCUCAAAUAUUUCGAAAACGUUGACGAGGCCGGCUACAAGGGUGAUAUUGAGGCUCCAUUGUCGCCCUCGGAAGCUAGUACUUUGACUGGAGCAAGCCACACACCCACGGAUAUCAACCAAAUAUUACACGGUGACGUGCAUUCAGCUCAAUCAGCCAUCUCAUCAGCCAUCACAUCUGAACUUCCUAGCCCAGCUAUGGAAGUGAGAAGAAUUUCGCGACCAAUCAAUCCCAAGGAAGCGCAAACGCAGCAAGAAUCAAUCAAAUUCUUCCUGCUUUUGGAGGAUUUGACGGCUGGAAUGAAGCACCCGUGCAUCAUGGACUUGAAGAUGGGCACCCGCCAAUACGGUGUCGAAGCCACUGCCAAGAAACGAGACUCCCAGCGCCGGAAAUGUGCAGGCACUACAUCAAAGGAACUGGGUGUUAGAGUAUGCGGUUUGCAGACAUGGGACGUCAAGGAACAAAAGUACAUAUUCAAGGACAAGUACUAUGGACGAGACAUUAAGGCGGGACAAGAGUUUCAAGCCGCUUUGAGGCUGUUCCUAUCCAACGGAGCUGAUGAUGCCAGCGUGUUGCGGCAUAUCCCGACCAUUCUCCAGAAGCUGAAUCAGCUAGAGGAAACGGUACGCCGUCUACGAGGCUAUCGGUUCUACGCAGCGAGUCUCCUGAUGUUCUACGACGAGGACACUACCGUAGAUGGCUACGACACAGUCAUUGAGGAUUCGACGACAGACUUCCCUACAGACACUGAAGACGCACCGGGCGCGAGGCGCAAACGCAAGAAGGAGAUUGACUUCAAGAUUGCCGACUUUGCCAACAGCGUCACUCCGAAUGACAUAAGCAAGGACAAGCCUUGCCCCCCAAAGUACCCAGACGAGCCCGAUCGAGGGUUUCUACGUGGUCUUUGCAGCCUGAAGAAGUAUUUCCUCCAAAUUCAAAAGGAAAUAAGGGCAGAGUUGGGUUUGAUUUCGCACUAUAGGCAAGAGCGAUGCCAAGAGGUGCUCGAUGCCGUGGAGGAGAUUUAUGAUUCUGCCAGCGACUAA